UCGCUUCGUGCCCCAGAAGGAUAUUUUUCGUGUUGCGCUCGCCCCGUGUUGUCUAUAGUCUAGUUAGCCUAAGAGCCAGAACCGUUGAAGACGAAGCAAAACGAGAACCCUCAGCAUGGGGGUGGCUGAAGAUUUCGCUCCCAGCUUUGUUAAGAAGCCGCAACUGCAUCAGGAGGAUGACGGCAAUCGCCUCAUAUUUGAGUGCCAACUAUUGUCAUCGCCCAAGCCGGACAUUGAAUGGUUUCGCAGCGAUAAUCAAUUGACAGAGGAUGGUCGAACAAAGUUCAAGAUCCAGCCCAUUGGAGAUAAUAAGUUUACGGUAGUAUUAGAACUCGAUGAUGUAGUAGAAACAGAUGCUGGCCUUUACAAGGUCAAGGCCAAGAACAAAUCCGGCGAAGUAUCUGCAUCAAUUAAUUUAAAUUUCACACUGGGAAAGUUUUCCAUAGUAGAAAGCCCAAGGCAAAUCGACGGUUUCGCGCCGACAUUCGCGAAAAAACCCGCCAUACGACAAGAAGAAGAUGGAAAGCGACUCUUAUUUGAGUGUCGCGUUAAUGCAGAUCCCCUUCCCAAUAUAACUUGGUUUCAUAACGGAACUCCCGUUCAGAAAUCGCCACGACACAAGCUAACCAUUGACAAGGAUGCCCACUCAUAUUUUGCAACACUGGAAAUUCAAAAUGUCACAGUUGAGGAUGCUGGCAAAUACAAAGUGAAUGCAAAGAACGAGCUGGGCGAAAGCAAUGCAACGAUAAGCCUAAAUUUUGACAGCGACGAGGCUCCCGUUCCGGAUUCCUCGGAUGGAAUUAAGCCAACGUUCACCGAACGUCCCGUUAUACGGCAAAGCGAAGAUGGCGGAAACGUAACGUUUGAAUGCAGAUGCGUGGGUGAUCCCACACCAACUGUCACAUGGUCCCAUGGCGAGACAGUACUGAGUGAGGGCAAACGUUACAAAAUGUCACUGACAAUGGAUCAAAAGCUUUAUCAUAUGGCACGAUUGGAGAUCAGUAGUGUUGUUUCUAGUGACCAGGGCGAGUAUCGCGCGCAAGCGAAAAAUAAGCACGGCUCGGGCGUGGCAACGAUAAAUUUGAAUUUCGAAAGUGGCUCGAAAAAAAUACCAGAUGGCAAGUCGCCAAGAUUUCCGAAAAAACCGACGAUCCGUCAAGAAGAGGACAUACUGAUCAUGGAGUGCCAACUGGAGGCACAUCCAGUGCCGGAUAUAACCUGGUAUUGCUCAGAUAAGCAAAUCGUCGAUAGUCAAAGAACCAAAAUGACGCGAAAGGCCAUAACCAAAGACAGUUAUGUGCUCACACUGGAGAUCCAGAAUCCAACUAAAGAGGAUGGCGGCAAUUACCGCUGCAACGCCAUCAACAUGUAUGGCGAAAGCAAUGCAAAUAUAGCACUAAAUUUCCAAGGUGCCAGUGAUGCAAACGGAUUUGCGCCGUCAUUCAUCGAGAAGCCGCGGAUCAUACCGAACGAAUCAGGCACUUUGAUAACUAUGAAGUGCAAAUGCAAGGCCAAACCUGAACCCACAGUUACCUGGUACAGGGGUCAAGAUGUGGUCGAGAAGAGCAAAAAGAUUAAAAUAAACACGGCUGUCAUUGCCGAAGACACAUACGAAUUGACGCUGGAAAUAAAGGAUCCCGGCGCCACCGAUGGUGGAACUUACAGAUGUAACGUCAAAAAUGAAUAUGGCGAAUCAAAUGCCAAUCUCAAUUUGAACAUUGAAGCCGAGCCUGAGCCGGAGGGCGAAGGUCCAACGUUCAUUGAAAAACCUCGCAUUGUUUCCGAGAAUAAUGGAAAGCUCGUAAUCAUGGAAUGCAAGGUAAAAGCAGAUCCCAAACCAGACAUUGUUUGGUUCCGAAACGGCGAGGUUAUCAAGGAGAGCCACAAACUUAAAAUGUCCAUGGAGCAGCGUGGCGACCAGUACUAUAUCAAACUAGAAUUGAUCGACCCCCAACUGGAAGACUCCGGACUUUACAAGUGCAACAUAAAGAACACUUUGGGCGAGCUAAACGCAAACCUGACUCUUAACAUAGAGAUUGUUCCUGUUAUUAAGGACAAGCCAAAGAUUAUCAAGAUCAUCAAAAAGCGUACCGUGGUCAUUGAAUGCACGGUCGCAUCUAAAUUUGAGCCCAAGUGCACAUGGUACAAGGAGUCGAACACUGUUACAGAGAGCAAGCGCCAUGUCUAUCUCGUCGAGCAAACGAAGGAAGGUGAAUUCGCCGUGAAACUGGAGAUCAACGAAGUGGAGGAUAGCGACAAGGGCGCCUAUAAGCUAGUUGCUAAGAAUGAAAAGGGCGAGGCCGUCUCUCAGGUUGUCCACUUAGUUGACAUUCCCGAGGAAGAGCGCAAACCUACGAAGCCCGAAAUCUCACGCAAGUUGGUCGACCAAAAGGUAACGGAGUCCAAGACCUUCGAGCUAUUGAUCAGUCUGAAGCAGUCCGAUCGCAAGUGUAAGAUUGAGUGGUACAAGGGCAGCACACUGAUCCGCGAGACCAAAGACAUAACCACCACAUUUGAUGGAACGACAGCUCGUCUGACAUUCAGCAGCGCCAAAUCCGAACACACUUCCAACUACAAGGUCAUUGCCACAAACGAAGUUGGCAAGGACGAGUCGACGUGUAAGAUAACUGUAGAGAAAAAAGACAAAAAGAAGGACGAAAAGGAAAAGGAGCAGGAGAAGAGCGAGGCCGAAAAGAAACAAAAGGAGGAAGAGGAGAAGCAAAACCUUUUGGAAGAACAGAAACAGAAAAAAGAAGUGGAGGCCGCUAAUCAGAAGAUAUCCAAGGAAGAUGUACAACAGGAGUCUUCGGAGGAGCCACAAGAAAUAGUGGUAGACCAAGAAGAGGAACCCCAACAGAAGCCAGAUAAAACAAAACCCCAACAACAGAAACAAGCGGAUGAAAAACCGCAAGAAGAAGCUACACAGAAACAGGAUGAAGAGCCGAAUAAGGUAUCAAAGAAGAAGGCCUUAGAAGACGAGUCAAAGCCAAAGGAUGAUAAGCCACAAGAAGCUACAAAGAAACAGAAGGAAGAGCCUGAAAAGGUUUCCAAGAAAAAAUCCUUAGAAGAUGAGCCAAAGCCAAAGGAUGAUAAGCCACAAGAAUCUACACAGAAACAGGAAGAAGAGCCUAAAAAGGUUUCAAAGAAGAACGCCGUAGAAGAGGAGAUAAAACAGAAAGAUAAUCCACAAGAAGAAUCUAAAAAUAAGGAGCAGCCAGCUUCCACUAAAGUUUCAAAGAAGAAGGCUAUCGAUGAUGUGCCAAAAGAUACGCCAAAAUCCAGCUCUACCGAUAAACAGAAGGAAGAUAAGCCUGUAGAGGAAGCUAAGGAAAAGGCGGAUGAUACACCCAAAAAGUUUACACAGAAAAAGCCCGUAGAAGAGGAGCCUAAGACGAGUCCAGCCGAGAAACAGAAGGCUGAAAAGCCAGUAGAAGAUAAGCAGGAGCAAGCGUCAACUAAGGUUUCAAAGAAGAAACCCACAGAUGAGGUGCCUAAGACCAAGGGUAAAACGGUAGAAGAACCCAAACCUCUACCAGAAGAGAAAACUCCGGAAGAGAAAGAGGUCACAGAACAGAUUGCUCUCAAGAAAGUCGAUCGCAAGGCCAGUAUUUCGUCUGUCAAAGAGGAGUCUCGUCGCAGUUCUGUUGUUAAAAUAUCCGAGGAAUCCUUGUCAGUUGAAGACACCAAAGUGUCCUCAAGAAGAUCAUCACUUGCAGUGGAGGAGUCCAAGUCGGAGUCGAGACGCUCAUCGAUUAUUGAUCGCAAGGCUUUAGAGCAGGUUGAUAGCAAAAAACUUGACGCUAAUAAAAACCCACAAGCUCUCAAGGAAGAGAUUCCAAAGCUAAAGCCAGCAGAGAAGCGGCGUGUGUCUAAGCCCAUUGAGGAGCCAAAGCCAGCUGAGGAAUUGCCGAAACUAAGAAAGACUUCGAUUGCUCAACCCAAAGAGGAACCGAAAGCCGAGGUGGCGAAACCUAAGGCCAAGGCCAAGGCAAAGGCAAAGGCCAAGUAUGAAGAGUUACCGGAAAUUCCAGACUAUGAACGCCCAGUUCUAGAAAAGUACGAGAAAUCGGAAUUCACACCAACUGACUUUGGUCGUGAACUUGAUAUCCCCAAUAAGAUGGAGAAGCCAUUAAUUGAAUCUGAUAAAAAUGAACCACAGCAGGCAGUCCAGAAAAAUGGCUUGCCAAAGAAAUCUGAAAUUGUUGAAAAGCCUGCCGAACAGCCGAAAGGUCUCAAGAUUGGUAAGGGAAAGCUACCGGAUGACGAGGACACUCGUGACGGUGCCACUCUUAAGCCUGUCAUUGUCGAACCAGAGAAGGAGAAACCAAAGAAUGGGGCUGCCGGAAAGACUGAGACCCUAGACGAACCCGAUAAGCCAUCCCUGAUGGAUAUUAUCAAACAGCGACGUCGCUCUUCUGUAAGAAACUUGAUGACCAAGGAACCCAUUCAAAACGAGUCCUUCCUUGGCAUAGUUUUAAAACCUGUCGUUAAGGAUGCUAAAGAGCAGGCUGUACCACAGCAGGCAAAGCAAUUGCUAAAGGCAAACGCUAUGGAGCAGUUUAGUCCCACUAAUGCAAUGAAGGCGAAGGUAUCCGAGUUGAAAAAGCCAGAGGCUCUGGCACCCAUUGUGGACAAUUACGAGCGUCCUGUUCUAGAAAAGUACGAGCCCACUGACCUUGAGAAAAAGAAACCAGAGAAAUCGGUACCCGCACCAGUUAUAAACGCUCCGGAAAUACAGGCCCCUGAAGAACAGAAGCCAAAGGACGAGAAACCAAAGGUGCCCAAAAUGCAGCCACCAGCACCUGGCGAGGCACCAAAGAUCGAGGUAAUACGAGAGAAACGCCCCUCAUUGGCCCCAGAGCCACCAAGCCGUCGUGGCUCGCUGAUUCCGCCAGCCGAUAUGGGCCGCCGACCAUCAUUGAUCAUCAACGAUGAGAAGAAACUACGCCCCGGUGAAGUCAUGGAUACACGGUUAUUGAGGCCAGGCGAGGUCGGUGAAGGACAGCGGAGACGACCCUCAAUCGAUGUACGCCGUCCCAGCGUUCAAGAUCUGGAGGAUCUUAUUAACAAACCUUCCACUCCGCUACGAGAUAUCGGCGAUGGCGGACCACCAAAUAUUGUUGAUGUCCAAGAGUCCUACUCUGCUGUUGAAGACUCGACUGCCUACCUCACGGUUGGCAUCGAAGGUAGUCCAGCACCCACAUUCAAAUUCUACAAAGGAGUUACUGAAAUUAUCGAAGGCGGUCGGUACAAAUUCCUUACCGAUGGUCAAACCAAUACAAUCACACUGUGCAUGCGUAAGUGCAAGCCCAACGAUGAGGGCAAAUACAAGGUCGUUGUGUCCAAUAUACACGGCGAGGAUUCGGCCGAGAUGCAACUAUAUGUGUCCGAUUCAAGUGGCAUGGAUUUCCGUGCCAUGCUCAAAAAACGUCGUUAUCAAAAAUGGGCCAAAGAAGAAGAGGACCCCAAUUGGGGUGACUUAAAAGAAACCGAAAAACCACUGCCGGCCCUUAAAAAAGUUGAAAGGAAGGUUGAGUCAUUCCUUAGUCCAUUGAUCGACCAGUUCGCCAAGGAAGGAAAGGAUAAGAAGGUGGUGUUUGAGGCCCGAUUCAGCAAGCCCAAUUGCAAGCCCAAGUGGUUACUCCGCAAAGAUGAGGUGUUUACAGGCAGCAAAUACAAAUUCAAGCAGGAAAAUGACACAUACCAGUUGAUCAUAAUGACACCCAAGGUGGAAGACUCUGGAAAGUAUACCAUCGAAAUCGGUGGCGUAUCGAGUACUGCUUUCCUGAAUGUCGAGGAGCCCGAUCCGUCAUAUACAUUCACGAAGCCAUUGAAGAAGAAGCUAGAGGGCUUUACCAGACACGAGACUACACUGGAGUGCUCUGUUAGCAGCAGCAUGGCCAAUGUCCAUUGGUUCAAGGACAACACGAAGCUCGAGUCCGAUGAUCCUCGCUACCUCAUCUCUAAAGACAUUAAUGGCAAUUUGAAGUUGAUCAUUAAAGAGUCCGUGUUAGAGGAUACAGGCCAAUACAGGUGCCAAUUGGACAAACAACCAGACAAAACCGAGUGUGCCCUGAAGGUGGUCGAGUAUCCGUACAAGUUUGUGAAGGUCCUGAAAUCUCAGCAAUGCAUUGAGAAGGACACGGUAACCCUAGCUUGUGAGAUCGAUGAUGCUCAGGGCGAUGUCCAGUGGUUCCGUAAUGACGAAGAGAUCAAGCCCGAUAAGCGCAUUCAGGUCAUCAAAGACGGUCGCAAACGAAAGCUGGUCAUCAAGGAUUGCAAAGUCACUGAUGCUGGUCAGUUCAAGUGUACGACCAAUGCGGACAAGACUGAGGCAGAGAUAAUCAUAAAUUAUCAAAAUAGAUUCAACAAGAAGCUCAAAGAUACAGAUGCCGUGGAACGAGAAAAACUAGUUUUUGAUAUUGAGUUGCAGGAUCAAACGGCCCCAUGCGAUUGGAAGUUCAAUGGUGAACCCAUUGUGCCAAAUGAACGAAUCGAGAUCAAGAAUUUGGGCGGUGGAAAACACCAGCUAGUGUUUAAUAAUCUCUCAAUGGCCGAUGAGGGCGAAAUCACUUGUGAGUCGGGCCAAUUGUCUUCCACGUGCAAGCUUUCCAUACGAAAGGGAGAGAGCAGACCCAACAUUGAUUGUCCCGAUGAGUUUGCUGGCCCAAUUAGUGCACCUGUUAUAAUAGAAGUGCCAUACAAAGUAAGCGGUACCAAACAGUCGCCAGUUGAGGCUAAGUUAAUUAAGGACGGCAAACCCCUACCGGUGAAAGAUGUGGAAGUUGCUGUCACUGACGAUAAGGUCACAUUUAAAAUAAAGAAACCCUCUAGGGAUGCUUCAGGACCGUACCAGAUUAAGAUUUCAAACGGACAAGGAGAGGACACUAAAGAUGUCAAUAUUACCUGCCAGGAUGUUCCACAACCACCACAGGACGUGGAUGUCACUGAUGUAUAUCAAACAUCAUGUGUGGUGAACUUCAAACCGCCAGCUGACGACGGCGGCACUCCUAUUACUAAAUACGUAAUCGAACGGCAAGACUUAAGCAAGAAGUCUGGCUGGGAACCAGUCGCUGAGGUUCUACCAAGCGAACCAUCUCAAAAGAAGAUUGACGAUUUGGUGCCAAAGAAACAGUACAGAUUCCGCAUUCGUGCAGUGAACAAAAUCGGCCCAUCUGACCCAGCCACUUUCAAGAACUCCAUACUCGCUAAAGAUCCGUGGGAUGAGCCGGGCAAGCCCAAGGCUGUGGAUCUCACUGAUUGGGACAAGGAUCAUGCGGACCUUAAAUGGGAAGCACCUGAUAGCGAUGGCGGUGAUCCAAUCACAUCCUAUGUUAUUGAGUAUAAGGAGAAGUUCUCAAACGACUGGGUGCCGGGCAAAGAAGUGCCUGGAGAUGCUCGGGCCGGCACAGUAGAUGGCCUUAAAGAGGGUCAACAGUACGAAUUUCGAGUCCGUGCUGUUAAUCGGGCAGGUCCUGGCGAACCUAGCGACAAAACUAAAGCCAUUAUUGCUAAGUGCCGUUUCGUCAAACCGUUCCUGGUUGGAGACGGCCUAAAGAAUAUCACUGUCAAGAAGGGCCAGACUGUACGGUAUGAUAUUAAGUACGACGGUGAACCCGAACCAACUGCAACUUGGGUUAAGAACUCUGAAAACCUCAAGUUCGAUAAUCAGCGCAUAUGCCUUGAACAAUUGGAACGCAACUCAUCCAUAACGAUUAAGAAAGCCGUCCGCAAGGACACUGGCAAAUACAAGCUGGUGCUUACAAACAGCUCGGGUACAAUUGAGUCUGAAGCUCAAGUUGUGGUCCUGGAUCGCCCGUUAGCUCCUGGAGGGCCAUUCGAGCCGGAUGAAGUGCGUGCUCACCACAUCAAAAUGAAGUGGAAGCGUCCCGAAGAUGACGGUGGUUGUGAAAUUACUGGCUAUGCGCUUGAGCGUAUGGACGAAGAAACUGGUCGAUGGAUACCUGCUGGCGAAGUGGGUCCCGAAGAGACAUCUUUCGACUUUAAGGGCCUGACUCCCAACAAGAAGUACAAGUUCCGCGUUAAGGCCAUUAACAAGGAGGGCGAGUCUGAGCCACUGGAGACAACAGAUGCCAUUGUGGCAAAGAAUCCAUACGACCCACCAAGCCCUCCAGCCCAGCCAGUUAUCGACGACUACGAUAACAAGAGUGUCCUGCUUAAGUGGAAGAGACCACCUUCUGAUGGUGGCCGACCCAUUACCCACUACGUUGUCGAAAUUAAGGACAAAUUCUCGCCAACAUGGAGUGAGGUUGCAAAGACAGAGGACCCUACACCCGAGUGCAAGGUGGAGGGACUGAAGGAAAAUAUGGUUUAUCAGUUUCGCGUUCGCGCAGUCAACAAAGCUGGACCCUCAGAGCCAUCUCAGCCAACUGACAAUCAUUUGUGCAAGCACAGAAACCUGAAGCCUCAAAUUGAUAGAUCUACAUUCAAACGGGUCACCAUUAAGACUGGUCGUACCCACAAGUGGUCGGUGGAUGUUAUUGGAGAACCUGUUCCCGAAUUGCACUGGAGCUGGCGAGAUGAUGUUCCAUUGACUACUGGAGACCGCAUUAAGAUAGAGAAUAUCGACUAUCACACUGACUUUGUCAUCAGCAAUGCGGUGCGCAAGGACAGUGGGUUCUACAAGCUAAAGGCUGAGAACCGUAACGGCGUUGAUCAAGAAACCGUGGAACUGGUGGUGCUCGGAAAGCCUAGCUCUCCAAAGGGACCCCUUGCAGUAAGCGAUGUGACUGCCACUGGUUGCAAACUGCAAUGGAAGAAGCCAGAAGACGACGGUGGAGUUCCGAUUAAGGAAUACGUUGUCGAAAAAAUGGACACUGCCACAGGCAAGUGGAUCCGUGUUGGACGAUCUCCGGGUGAAAAGGAGCCACCGAGCUUCGACGUCACAGGUUUGAACCCAGGUUCUGAAUACAUGUUCCGGGUGUCAGCAGUUAACGAGGAGGGCGAAUCAGAGCCACUGACCACAUUGGUUGGUGUCGUCGCCAAAGAUCCGUUCGACGAGCCUAAUAAGCCAGGCACUCCUGAAGUCACUGAUUACGAUAAUCAGAGCGUAAGCCUAAAAUGGACGGCACCCAAGAAUGAUGGUGGUGCACCCAUUCAGAAAUACAUUAUUGAAAAGAAGGACAAAAACAAGCCGGACUGGGAAAAAGCUCUGGAGAUACCCGGAGACCAACUGGAGGCUACCGUGGCUGGGUUACAGGAAUAUGGGGAAUACCAGUUCCGUGUGAUUGCUGUUAACAAGGCCGGCCCAUCGCCUCCAUCGGACGCAAGCGUCCCACAGAUUGUUAAAUACAAGAAAUUGAAACCACGCAUCGAUAGAACCAAUUUGAAACCUCUUCUAAUCCGAGCUGGCAAACCUAUCAAAUACGAUGUAAAUGUUCGCGGUGAACCACCACCAACCAUUACCUGGUAUCAAAACGAUACGGAGCUUAAGCCAGAGGACUUGCCUAGCAGCAGUGAAAUUAAAAAUGUGCCAUACAAUACAAAAAUUUCAAUUAUUGACACUGUCCGUAAAAAUACUGGAAUCUAUAAAAUCCGUGCGGUAAACGAGCAUGGAGAGGAUGAAGCAACCGUCGAGGUUAAUGUAUUGGCCCCACCGGGCAAACCAAAGGGUCCUUUGACUGUGAAAGAUGUCACCAAGGAUAGCUGCAAACUGAAAUGGCAGAAGCCUGAAGAUGACGGGGGCAAGCCAAUUACCGCCUACCAAGUCGAGAAGUUCGACAAGAAACAAGGUAGAUGGGUACCUGUCGGUCGAACUGCUGGCAAUGAUACCGAAUUUGAUGUCAAGGGCCUUCAGGAAGGCCAUGAAUAUCAGUUUCGGGUCAAGGCCAUCAAUGAAGAGGGUGAAUCGGAACCUCUCGAGACCGAUGGCAGCAUAAUCGCGAAGAAUCCAUAUGAUGCUGCCACUAAGCCAGGCACACCCAAUAUUGAGGAUUAUAAUGAGCACAUGGUUAAGUUGAAGUGGGAGCCACCCAAAGAUAAUGGCGGCGCUCCAAUUACUGGCUAUAUCAUCGAGAAGAAGGAUAAGUUCUCUCCCAUUUGGGAUGAGGUUCUUACCACAGAUACACCUGCUCCAGAGGCAACCGUCGAAGGCCUUACCGAGGGCAAUGUGUACCAAUUCCGUGUAAGGGCGAUCAAUAAGGCUGGCCCCAGUGAUCCUAGCGAUGCAACUGAACCCCACUUAGCGAAGCCCAGAAACCUUAAGCCAUCUAUUAACCGAGAGAAAAUGAAGCCUAUCAAGGUACGGGCUGGUCAAACGGUCAAGUUUGAUGUUGACGUCAAGGGCGAGCCUGCACCCACACUGACCUGGUUCUUCAAGGAGAAGGAGGUAACUCCCACAGGCCAAGCACGAUUGGACAACGAAGAUUACAACACAAAGCUUACCCUACUGGACACAACUCGUAGAGAAAACGGUGUUUACAAGCUACGCGCUGAGAAUAUCAACGGAGUGGACGAGGCAGAGGUUGAGGUUACCAUUUUGGACAAGCCAUCGAAGCCCGAAGGCCCGUUGGAAGUCUCUGAUGUACACAAGGAAGGCUGCAAACUAAAGUGGAAGAAGCCCAAGGACGAUGGUGGUGUACCUAUUACAGGAUAUGUGGUUGAAAAGAUGGACACAGCAACCGGAAAAUGGGUGCCAGCUGGAUCAGUGGAUCCUGAGAAAACCGAAAUUGAUGUUAAGGGCUUGGAUCCAAACCAUCGCUACCAGUUUAGAGUAAAGGCCGUAAAUGAGGAGGGCGAAUCAGAACCUUUGGAAACCGACUCCGCAAUUACUGCGAAGAAUCCAUUUGAUGUAUCUGCCCCACCUGGCUUGCCAGAGCUCGAAGAUUGGGAUGAGCAUCAUGUGAAAUUGAAGUGGGAACCCCCGAUUCGCGAUGGUGGUUCUCCCAUUACCAACUAUAUUAUUGAAGUUAUGGACAAAGACUCAGGCGAGUUUGUCAAGGCUGCCGAGACUGACGGUCCCAUUUGCAAGGGUGUCGUCAAGAAGCUGGAAGAAGGUCAGCAAUACAAGUUCCGUGUUCGGGCAGUCAACAAGGCAGGACCCUCAGAUCCAUCCGAACAAACGAAUUGGCACACGGCCAAACCCCGUUUCCUGAAGCCACAUAUUGAUCGCACCAACCUCAAGCCGGUUAUUGUAAAGGCGGGGCUAUCCGUCAGUCUAGACAUCAACAUUAAAGGCGAACCAGCACCAAAAGUGGAAUGGCUCUUUAAUGGUUCUCCUUUGGUUAGCGACGAGGAAGGCAUUAAGAUUGAUAAUGUUGACUACAACACCAAAUUCUUUGUUAUGCGAGCCAAGCGGCCACAAAGUGGCAAAUACACAAUCAAGGCCACCAACGAAGUUGGUGAAGAUGAAGCAGAACUGGAAGUUACUGUUUUGGGCAAGCCUGGAAAGCCAAAGGGUCCCUUGCAGGUGAACGAUAUCACUAAGCACAGCUGCAAGCUAAAGUGGGAAAAGCCAGAAGAUGAUGGCGGUGCUCCAAUUGACUACUACGAGAUCGAAAAGCUCGAUCCGCACACUGGCCAAUGGCUACCUUGUGGAAAGAGCUCUGAGCCUGAGGCUAAGGUCAUCGGGCUCCAUGAAGGUAAGCCCUACAAGUUCCGUGUUAGGGCCGUGAAUAAGGAGGGCGAGUCUGAAGAUUUGGAAACAGACAAGCCAAUUAUCGCUAAGAAUCCAUUCGAUGAGCCGGACAAGCCUGGACGCCCAGAGCCCACAAAUUGGGACAAAGACUUUGUCGAUCUGGCUUGGGAUCCACCCAAAAAUGAUGGUGGCGCUCCAAUCCAAAAAUACAUCAUUCAAAUGCGCGACAAGUCAGGACGUGCUUGGGUUGAUGCCGCAACUGUUCCUGGUGAUAAGACCAAGGGAACCGUGACUGGCGUGGAAGAAGGCCAUGAAUACGAGUUCCGUGUUGUGGCCGUUAACAAGGCUGGUCCUAGUGAGCCAAGUGAUGUUUCAAAGUCGGUGGUUGCUAAGCCGCGUUUCCUCAAGCCGCACAUUGACCGAAAGAACCUACAGAAGAAAAUCAUGCGCAGUGGACAAAUGCUGCAUAUGGAUGCUGCUGUAAAGGCCGAGCCGCCAGCCAAAAUCACCUGGACUUAUAAUGGAGCGGAGAUUAAGUCCUCCGAUAAAAUCAAAAUCGAAAACGAGGACUAUAAGACAACAUUCAUAAUGCCAAAGGUAAAGCGAGCCGAUCGCGGAACCUAUAUUGUUACUGCCAAGAAUGACUCAGGAACAGAUACCGUCGAGGUAGAGUUGGAGGUGCUUUGCAAGCCAAGCAAACCCAAGGGUCCUUUGGCUGUCUCUAACGUUACCGCUGAGGGAGUUCACCUCAAAUGGGAGAAACCCGAUGAUGAUGGCGGCGAGCCAAUUGAACACUACGUUGUGGAGCGUAUGGACACAGAGACUGGACGAUGGGUUCCAGUUCUUACAACCAAGGAUCCAGAAGCUGAUGUUACCGGUCUAACCGAAGGCAAAGAGUACCUGUUCCGUGUUAAGGCUGUAAACAGCGAGGGUGAGUCUGAACCUUUGGUAACCGACACCCCUACCACAGCCAAAAAUCCUUACGAUGCCGCCGAUACUCCCGGCAAGCCGCAAAUCACGGAUUGGUCAGCAAACCAUGCUGAUCUUAAAUGGCGUGCACCAGAAGACGAUGGCGGUGCACCAAUUACUGGCUAUAUUGUUGAAAAGAAAGAUAACAAUACUGGCAAAUGGCAAAAGGUGUUGGAAACGAACACACCAGAUACAAAGGCUCGUGUUAACGAUCUAAUCGAAGGUACGAAAUAUCAGUUCCGUGUCAAGGCCGUCAACAAGGCAGGUCAGAGUAAGCCGUCAGAGCCUUCAGAUCAGAUGACAGCUAAGGAUCGAUUUGCCCCACCCAAAAUCGAUAGAACCAACAUCAAAGAUAUUACAAUCAAGGCUGGCCAGCACAUUCGCUAUGACAUUAAGGUCUCUGGCGAGCCCCCAGCAACCAAGACUUGGUUCCACAACAAGGCUCGUCUUGAGGGAGAUGACAGUGACUACAAUAUCGACCUGGAGUCCUAUCGAACGAAAUUGGCUGUACCAUUUGCCAAGCGCUUGCAUACCGGCAAGUACACACUCAAAGCCGAAAAUGAGUCGGGACAUGAUGAGGCCUCAUUUGAAGUUACUGUGCUUGACAAGCCAGGAGCACCCGAAGGACCCUUGCGUGUUACGGAUGUUCACAAGGAGGGCUGCAAGCUAAAGUGGAAUGCCCCUCUGGACGAUGGCGGUUUGCCUAUCGAACAUUAUAUUGUGGAGAAAAUGGAUGUCGAGACUGGCCGUUGGUUACCUUCUGGUCGCUUUAAGGAACCGUUUGCGGAACUUAAUAAUUUGGAACCCGGACAUGAAUAUAAAUUCCGUGUUCUGGCUGUCAACACAGAAGGAGAGUCGGAACCACUGAACGGCGAGCAGUCGAUAGUGGCUAAGAAUCCGUUCGAUGAGCCCGGAAAGCCUGGAACCCCCGAGGCUGUGGAUUGGGACAAGGAUCGUGUUGAUUUGGUAUGGCGUCCACCAUUGAACGAUGGCGGUUCUCCUAUUACCGGAUAUGUGGUAGAAAAACGUGAGAAAGGCACUGACAAAUGGAUUAAGGGUGCCGAAGUACCCGUUCCAGCACUUGGCGAAGAAUGCAAAGCCACAGUUCCCAAUCUCAACGAAAAUUGCGAGUAUGAGUUCAGGGUGAAAGCCAUUAAUGCGGCUGGUCCAGGAGAACCAUCUGAUGCUAGCAAAUCUGUCAUCACUAAGCCAAGAAAGCUGGCUCCGAAAAUCGAUCGCAGGAACAUUCGAACAUACAAUGUCAAGGCUGGCGAACCGUUGUUCCUGGACAUCAAUGUGACAGGAGAACCAGCUCCAGAAGUUACAUGGACCCAAAAUGGCAAAUCUCUGCAAUCCGCUACACGCGUUGAAAACGUUCCUUACAACACCAAAUACGUCAAUAAUAAUCCCGAGCGAAAGGAUACUGGUCUCUAUAAAAUUGUUGCUCAUAAUUUGUAUGGUCAGGAUCAAGUGGAGUUCCAGAUUAAUAUAAUAACUAAGCCCGGCAAACCAGAAGGCCCAUUGGAAGUGUCUGACAUUCACAAGGACGGGUGCAAACUUAAGUGGAAAAAACCCAAGGAUGAUGGUGGUGAACCCAUCGAGAGUUAUCUGGUGGAGAAGUUUGAUCCUGAUACCGGAAUUUGGUUGCCUGUUGGCAAGAGCGAUGUUCCAGAAUUUACAGUUGACGGGCUUGUGCCCGGACACGAAUACAAGUUCCGCGUGAAGGCAGUGAAUAAAGAAGGCGAAUCUGAACCAUUGGAGACGUUGGGUACAAUUGUUGCCAAAGAUCCAUUCACUGAACCAUCUAAGCCGGGAGCACCGGAACCAACAGAUUGGUCUGCAAACAAGGUGGAACUUGCUUGGUCAGAGCCAGCAAGUGAUGGCGGUUCGCCCAUUACUGGCUAUAUCAUUGAGGUAAAAGAUAAGUACAGUCCACUGUGGGAGAAGGCCUUGGAAACUGAUUCCCCGACUCCUGUGGCUACUGUUAAUGGACUAAUCGAAGGCAAUGAGUAUCAGUUCAGAGUAAUUGCAUUGAACAAAGGUGGCCAAUCGGAACCCUCGGAUGCCAGCAAGACGUUUACAGCAAAGCCACGUUACCUUGCUCCUAAGAUAGACCGAAGAAAUCUUCGCGAUAUUACCAUAUCUGCAGGAACUGCUCUUAAGUUAGAUGCAAAUAUCACAGGUGAACCAGCACCCAAGGUGGAAUGGAAGUUUUCAAAUUACCCUCUGGUGACUGGCAAGAAUGUUACCAUCGAAACACCGGACUAUUAUACCAAAUUGGUUAUUCGUCCAACGGAACGUGGUGACUCAGGAGAAUAUUUGGUCACCGCCACCAACAGCUCCGGUAAAGAUAGUGUACUAAUAAAUGUGGUUAUUACGGACAAGCCCACUCCUCCGAACGGACCGCUUCAGAUAUCUGAUGUGCAUAAGGAGGGAUGCCACCUCAAGUGGAAACGACCCAGCGAUGAUGGUGGCACUCCUAUCGAAUACUUCCAAAUUGAUAAGUUGGAUCCCGAGACGGGCUGCUGGACUCCAUGCGCCCGUUCUUCUGAACCUCAAGCAGAUGUAACUGGACUCACCCCAGGCCACGAGUACAAAUUCCGAGUGUCUGCCGUUAAUGCAGAAGGUGAGUCCCAACCACUUGUUGGCGAUGAAACAAUCGUUGCCAAAAAUCCAUUCGACGAGCCCGGUAAACCAGAGAAUCUUCGUGCAACUGAUUGGGACAAAGAUCACAUUGACUUGGCCUGGACACCACCUCUUUCCGAUGGUGGAUCUCCGAUUACUGGAUAUUUGAUCGAAAAGAAAGACAAAUACGGCCAAUGGGAAAAAACUCUUGAAGUGCCAGCUGAUCAGUGCAAAGCCACUGUGCCUGAUUUAAUUGAAGGUCAGGCUUACGAGUUCCGAGUCAGCGCUGUUAAUGCUGCUGGGCCGGGUGAGCCAUCGGACGCCACAGCGCCAAUUGUGGCCAAGUCGCGAAACAAGCCCCCACUAAUUGAUCGAUCCAACCUAAUAGAAGUUCGUAUUAAGGCUGGCCAAGCGUUUACAUUUGAUUGUAAGGUGUCUGGUGAGCCAGCACCGAAGACGAAAUGGAUGCUCAAGAAAAAAGAAGUAUACACAAAGGACAAUGUUAAGGUCACUCAUGUGGAUUACAACACCAAGAUAAAGGUCUCAAAUGCCACACGUGCUGACUCUGGCCUCUACACCGUUCACGCCGAAAACGCCAAUGGUGAGGACAGUGCAGACGUUAAGGUGACCGUUAUUGAUAAACCAUCACCGCCCAACGGACCAUUAAAGGUUGAUGAUGUUCACGCUGAGGGCUGCACCCUUCACUGGAAUCCUCCAGAUGAUGAUGGAGGCCAACCAGUUGACAGCUAUGUUGUUGAGAAACUUGAUGAAAUAUCUGGCCGGUGGGUACCAGCAGGUGAGACUGAUGGACCAACAACAAACCUUAAGAUCAAGGGUUUGACUCCGGGACACAAGUAUAAAUUCAGAGUGCGUGCCAAGAAUCGACAGGGACUCUCAGAUCCCCUUACCACACCACAUUCAAUUGAAGCUAAAAAUCCGUACGACGAGCCCACCAAGCCCGGAACUCCAGCUAUCAAGGACUUUGACAAGGACUUUGUUGACUUGGAAUGGACUAGGCCAGAAAGUGACGGUGGCUCACCUAUCAGUGGUUACAUUAUUGAGAAGCGUGACAAAUAUGCACCAGACUGGGAAAAAUGCGCUGAAGUUGAAGGUGACAUUACUACCGGUCAUGUGCCUGACUUGAUUGAAGGCGUUAAAUAUGAAUUCCGCGUUAGGGCUGUAAACAAGGCCGGCCCAGGAGUUCCUAGCGAUGCCACUGAACCUCACGUGGCCAGAGCCAAAAACCUAGCUCCGAAGAUUGACCGCAACUUUAUGCUUGAUAUCAAGAUUAAGGCAGGUAACGUUUUUGAAUUCGACGUGCCAGUAACUGGGGAGCCAAUUCCCAGCAAAGAAUGGUCCCACGAAGACAACAUGGUUAUCAACACGGAUCGCGUCAAAAUAUCCAUUUUCGACGACCGGACAAAGUUGCGUAUCCUUGAUGCCAAACGAGCUGAUACCGGAGCUUACACCUUGGUUGCCCGCAACAUUAAUGGUGUCGACAAACACACCGUUAAAGUAACAGUCCUAGACGUUCCGACAGUACCAGAAGGUCCGAUUCGUCACAAUGAUGUCACCAAAAACUCGGUUCAACUCAGUUGGAGACCUCCCAGGGAUGAUGGUGGCUCUGAAAUUACUCAUUACAUUGUCGAGAAGAUGGACAAUGAGGCGAUGCGCUGGGUGCCAGUUGGAGAGUGUGCUGGUACCGAAAUCCGUGCUGACAAUCUCAUUGAAAAUCACGAUUAUAACUUUAGAGUAAGAGCUGUAAAUAAGCAAGGUCAGUCGCAACCAUUGACUACGACCCAAGCGAUUACAGCAAAGGAUCCGUACUCGCAUCCUGACAAACCAGGUCAGCCACAAGCCGUUGAUUGGGGUAAAGAUUUUGUCGACUUGGAAUGGGCAGCACCCAAGCGUGAUGGUGGUGCACCUAUUACAUCAUAUAUCGUCGAAAAGAGGCCGAAGUUCGGUCAGUGGGAGCGUGCUGCAGUCAUCCCUGGAGAUGAACGAAAGGCCCACAUACCUGAUUUGACUGAUGGCGGAGAAUAUGAGUUCCGCGUCAUUGCCGUGAACCGUGGCGGACCAAGUGAUCCAUCGGAUCCUUCGGGCACAAUUGUUUGCAAGCCUCGCUUCUUGGCGCCAUUCUUUGACAAAUCACUUCUCAAUGAUAUCACCGUGCAUGCCGGCAAGCGUUUAGGCUGGACGUUACCAAUCGAAGCCUCACCUAGACCCUCUAUUAAAUGGCUUUACAAUGGCAAAGAAAUUGAACAGAAUGCACGUGCCGAGUGGAAUCUAUUCCAAAACGAACUUACCUUUGAAAUACCAUCGGCGCUGAGAAGCGACGAAGGCCGCUACACCUUGAUAUUGAAAAACGAGCAUGGUUCAUUUGAUGCAUCCGCACAUGCAACUGUUCUGGACCGUCCAUCAGCUCCAAAGGGCCCGCUAGAUAUUUCGAAGAUCACAAGGGAUGGCUGCCAUUUGGCCUGGCAUAUUCCCGAUGAUGAUGGUGGUUCACCCAUAUUGCACUAUAUUAUCGAAAAAAUGGACUUAUCGAGAGGUACGUGGUCUGAUGCUGGAAUGAGCACACAUCCAAUCCAUGACGUAACACGACUUGUCCACCGUAAGGAGUACCUGUUCCGUGUGAAAGCUGUGAACGCAAUUGGCGAAUCAGAACCACUGGAGGCAUCAAAGAGCAUAAUUGCCAAGAAUGAGUUUGAUGAGCCCGAUGCACCAGGCAAACCAAAUGUCACUGACUGGGACCGCGAUCAUGUUGACCUGCAAUGGGCAGCGCCUAAAUCUGAUGGCGGUGCUCCGAUCAAUGAAUACAUUAUCCAAAAGAAGGAAAAGGGCAGUCCCUAUUGGACAAAUGUUUUGCAUGUGCCGCCUAACAAAACUGCAGCUACAGUGCCAGAACUUGUCGAGGGACAAGAGUAUGAGUUCAGGGUGAUUGCUGUUAAUCAAGCCGGCCAAUCUGAGCCAUCUGAACCAUCCGACAUGAUUAUGGCUAAGCCUCGUUAUCUUGGACCAAAGAUAAUAACUCCACUCAAGGAGGUUCGCAUCAAAGCUGGACUUAUAUUCCAUGUCGAUAUCGAUUUUAUUGGAGAACCGGCGCCAGAAGCGAUCUGGACCCACAAGAACAAUACAUUGAAAUCCAACGAUAGGUCAACCAUUACUUCAAUUGGGCAUCACACGGUUGUUCACACCGUUAACUGCCAACGCUCCGACUCGGGCAUCUACCACCUGUUGGUACGUAACGAUUCUGGCAUCGAUGAAGGAAGCUUUGAACUCAUCGUACUCGAUCGCCCCGGACCACCGGAGGGUCCACUGGAAUAUGAAGAAAUUACAGCUAAUUCCGUUACUGUAUCAUGGAAGCCGCCCAAGGAUAAUGGAGGUUCAGAAAUAUCUUCCUAUGUUAUUGAGAAACGCGACCUGACUCACGGUGGUGGUUGGGUUCCAGCCGUAAACUAUGUCAAUGCCAAAUAUAACCAUGCUGUUGUACCGCGACUAUUGGAAGGCACCAAAUACGAGUUCAGAGUCAUGGCAGAAAACCUUCAGGGACGUUCCGAUCCUCUGACCUCAGACUCAUCCGUUGUGGCCAAAAAUCAGUACACCGUUCCUGGAUCUCCUGGCAAGCCGGAGGUAUCCGACAGCGACAAAGAUCACAUUACGUUCAAGUGGAAGCAACCUAUUAGCAAUGGAGGCUCCCCCAUCUUGGGUUACGAUAUUGAGCGACGCGAUGUCAACACUGGCCGCUGGAUUAAAAUCAAUGGUGAACCUGUUCCAACCACGGAGUACAACGACGAGCGAGUAUCUCCGAACCAUCAGUAUCAAUAUAGAGUAUCGGCUGUCAAUGCAGCCGGAAGCAGCAAGCCCUCGGAGCCCUCAGCCGUCUUCGACGCUCGCCCCUUGCGGGAGAAGCCGAGAUUGCAUCUUGAUGGGUUGGUGGGUAGACGCGUCAAGGUUCGUGCUGGCGAACCAGUUAACGUUAAUAUUCCGAUUUCUGGUGCACCAACUCCCACAAUUGAGUGGAAGCGGGGUGACACGAAAUUGUCGGAGAGCAAACGUGUUUCAUACGAUACGAACUCUGAACGUACCAUUUUCCGCAUUGACAAUUCCAACAGGAAGGACGGUGGCAAGUACACAGUAACAGCCAACAAUGAGUUCGGCAAGGAUACAGCCGAUAUUGAAGUUAUAGUUGUGGACAAACCAUCCCCACCGGAGGGACCAUUAACCUAUACAGAUACAGCACCCGACCACAUUUCUUUGCAAUGGAAUCCACCUAAAGAUGAUGGUGGAAGUGAAAUUAGCGGAUAUGUUAUUGAAUUCAGCGAGUUCGGAGUGGAUGACUGGAAACCAGUGCCCGGCUAUUGUCCGAAAACAAAUUAUACUGUCAAGGGACUUACUGAAGGAAAGAAAUAUGUAUUCCGUGUUAGGGCUGAAAACAUUUACGGUGUAUCUGAUGCUCUGGAAGGUAAGCCCGUGGUGGCCAAAUCUCCAUUUGAUCCACCAGGAGAACCUUCUCAGCCACAAGUGGUCGCAUAUACGCCAAAUUCAGCCAGCUUGGAAUGGCACCCACCAGAGUAUUGUGGUGGCAAGCCGAUUUCCGGCUAUAUUGUUGAACGUCGUGAACGCGGAGGUGAAUGGAUAAAGUGCAACAACUAUCCUACACCAAACACAAGCUAUACAGUACCCGAUCUGCGUGAGGGUGCCCGCUAUGAAUUCCGUGUAACUGCGGUUAAUGAAGCCGGCCCUGGCAAACCAUCGAAGCCAUCGGAACCAAUGACUGCCGAGCUACAACGCUAUCGCCCGGAUCCACCAGAACCACCAAAGCCCGAUCGCAUCACCAAGGACAGUGUCACUCUGUCUUGGCGGCCACCGCGUAAUGAUGGCAAGUCUAAAAUUAAGGGCUACUACAUUGAGGUCCGACCCAAAAACUCCAAGGAUUGGACUCCAGUCAACGAUCUACCGAUUAAUUCGACAGUAUACACCGUGCCCAAUCUCAAAGAAGGCGAAGAGUACUCGUUCCGUGUUAUCGCAGAAAACGAUGUUGGACGUUCAAAUCCUUCAAAGCCAUCGCAGCCCAUUACAAUCGAAGAACAGCCUAACAAACCGUGCAUGGAUUUGGGUGGAGUACGCGACAUCAUCUGCCGUGCUGGUGACGACUUCAGCAUCCAUGUACCAUAUGUGGCUUUCCCGAAGCCCACUGCUUUCUGGUACUCUAACGAUACUGUGCUCGAUGAUGAUAAUCGUGUCCACCAGCAUUUAACCGAUGAAGCAGCAUCGUUCGUGGUAAAGAACUCAAAGCGUUCUGACUCCGGCCAAUAUCGACUACAACUGAAGAAUCCUCAUGGUUUUGAUACUGCCACUAUUAACGUUAAAGUUUUGGAUAGACCUAAUCCACCUACCAAUUUGCGUGCCGAUGAGUUCGCUGGUGAUUCACUCACCUUGUAUUGGAAUCCACCAAGAGACGAUGGCGGCUCGCCAAUUCAGAACUACAUUGUCGAGAAAAAAGAAGCACGUUCUUCUACGUGGACUAAGGUCAGUAGUUUCUGCACUGUUCCAUUUAUACGUGUUCGCAACCUGACCAUAAACAAAGAGUACGACUUCCGUGUAAUUGCGGAGAAUAAAUACGGUCAGUCAGACCCAGCUAAUACAUCAGAGCCUAUUCGUGCCAGACAUCCAUUUGAUGUACCCAAUGCUCCAGGCAUACCCCGUGGCAUUGAUUCCACCGAAGAUAGCAUCACCAUUGCUUGGUCUAAGCCCAAGCACGAUGGUGGCUCUCCAAUAACUGGAUACGUUAUCGAGAAACGUCUUUUGAGUGAGGAUAAAUGGACAAAGGCCACUCACGCCCUCUGCCCAGAUUUGACCUGUAAGAUACCAAACCUAAUCGAAAAUGCUGAGUAUGAAUUUAGAGUAGCUGCUGUUAAUGCUGCUGGUCAAUCGCCAUUCAGUGCAUCCAGUGACUUAAUCUACUGCCGUCGUCCCCCGCAUGCGCCCAAGAUAACGUCUGACCUUUCUAUACGCGAUAUGACAGUUAUAGCUGGAGAAGAGUUCCACAUUACGGUGCCUUAUCACGCCAAUCCUCGUCCAACUCCAUCGUGGAAUUUGAACGGCGUCGAAGUGGUUCCCGAUGAACGUAUUCGCUUCGAUACCGAUGACUACACUUCAGUGUUCUACAAUAAGUCUGCGAAACGUUCAGAGACUGGUUCGUACACUAUUACUCUUACAAACAACAAAGGUUCCGACACCGCAUCGUGCCACGUCACAGUCGUGGAUAGGCCAGGUCCACCACAAGGCCCGUUGAAUGCCUACGACAUUACACCAGAUACAUGUACGUUGGCAUGGAAGACUCCUCUUGACGAUGGAGGAUCUCCAAUCACCAAUUAUGUAGUUGAGAAACUCGACACGAGUGGAACAUGGGUCAAGGUAAGCAGCUUUGUGCGUAACACUCAUUACGAUGUGAUGGGACUGGAACCCAAUCACAAAUAUCAUUUCCGAGUACGUGCAGAGAACCAGUAUGGUCUAUCAGAUCCUCUGGAGAUGCCCGAUCCUAUUGUCGCCAAGCACCAGUUCACAGUACCUGAUGAACCGGGACAACCUAAAGUUAUCGACUGGGACUCUGGUAACGUUACCUUGAUUUGGACACGCCCAGCUAGUGAUGGUGGCUCGCGCAUUCAAGGCUACCAGAUCGAGUACCGUGACAUUGUCAAUGACUCUUCCUGGAACACAUACGAAUACUUAAUUAAGGACACUAAAUAUCAACUGUACAACCUGACAAACGGAGCUGAAUAUGAAUUCCGCAUCAAGGCAAAGAAUGCAGCUGGUUUCAGCAAGCCAUCAUUACCUUCCCUCAGAUUCAAGUUGAAGGGCAAAUUCAAUGUGCCUUCCCCACCGGGAACACCUCAAGUGACCAAGGUUGGCAAAAACUACGUCGACCUGAAAUGGGAGAAACCUUCGAGUGACGGUGGUUCCCGUAUCACUGGUUAUAUCAUUGAACGUAGAGACAUAGGUGGUGCCGUGUGGGUUAAGUGCAACGACUACAAUGUUAUGGACACCGAAUAUACUGUGAUUAACUUAAUAGAAAUGGGCGACUACGAAUUCCGUGUGUUUGCGGUAAAUGCUGCCGGACGCUCGGAGCCGAGCUUGUGCACCAUGCCCAUUAAAGUGUGUGAAGUGUUGGGCGGCGAGAAACCAGAUUGGAUUACCCGAUUGCAAGACAGAGUCGCUCCAUGCGGCAAAGAUUUUACACUGCAGUGUGCUGCAUCGGGCAAACCUGCCCCCACCGCUAGAUGGUUGCGCAAUGGAAAGGAAAUCCAAAUGGGAGGUGGUCGCAUAACCUGUGAUGCCAAGGAUGGCGUCUUUAGGCUGCACAUUUCCAAUGUACAGGUUGGUGACGAUGGCGACUACACGUGCGAGGCUAUAAAUUCGCUUGGAUUCGUGCAUACGUCGGGCUAUCUAAAGAUUGGUUCCCCACCGAUCAUCAACAAGUGCCCCAACGAGUUGUACUUACCGGAAGGCGAUAACACAAAGAUUAAGGUUUACUACUCUGGUGACCAACCACUGAAUGUCAAAAUAACAAAGAACAAUGAAGUCAUCUCGGAUAACGCAGAUGAAUCCCAUUUCAAAUACACGGUCUUCGAUGACUAUGUGGCGAUAUUUAUCCGUGACAUUGUCAAGAGUGACGCCGGUCUGUACCAAAUACAAUUCACCAAUGAUUCAGGAUCUGCCACAGGCCAGUUCGAUGUCCGCAUUACCGGCCUGCCCUCGGCUCCAGUUGGACCGAUGGGCGUUUCCCAUAUCAAUAAGCACUCAUGCACUCUAGCAUGGCGUCCACCUACCUACGAUGGUGGCUUGAGGGUGACGCACUAUGUGGUCGAGCGUAAGGAUGUAUCCUCACCUCACUGGAUAACGGUAUCAAGCACCUGCAAAGAUACAUCGUUCAAUGUACAAGGACUUAUCGAGAACCAGGAGUAUAUAUUCCGCGUGAUGGCUGUUAAUGAGAACGGCAUGGGUCCGCCACUUGAGGGAUUGAAUCCCAUCCGCGCUAAGGCGCCGAUAGAUCCACCCUCACCCCCAGGCAUUCCAGAAAUUACUGAGAUCGGCGGCGACUUUGUGCAUUUGGAAUGGAGCAAGCCGGAAUCGGAUGGCGGUGCUCACAUUCAAGGCUACUGGAUCGACAAACGAGAAGUUGGCAGCGAGACAUGGCAGCGUGUCAACGCUAUCAUCUCCGCUGCUAAUCAGAUCAACUGCCCCAAUCUGAUCGAAGGCCGGCAAUAUGAGUUCCGGGUCUUUGCUCAGAAUGUGGCAGGCCUAUCUAAGGCAUCGACCGCGUCCCAAGCAGUCAAGAUCAUAGAUCCAAAGGCGGCAACGCCUCCUUUGAUUGUGAAACCGCUACGCGAUGCCAACUGCAUUCAAAAUCAUAAUGCCCAAUUCACAUGUACAAUAACUGGGGUACCAAGGCCAACAAUUACCUGGUAUAAGGGAGCCCGCGAGAUCUCCAACGGUGCCCGCUACCACAUGUACUCGGAGGGUGACAAUCACUUCCUUAACAUUAAUGACAUAUUUGGUGAGGAUGCUGAUGAAUACGUCUGCCGUGCUGUCAACAAGGCCGGUGCGAAAUCCACUCGAGCCGCUCUUGCCAUUAUGACUGCUCCGAAAUUAAAUGUUCCACCACGAUUCAGGGACACUGCCUACUUCGAUAAGGGCGAAAAUGUUGUUAUUAAAAUUCCCUUCACAGGAUUCCCCAAACCACGCAUUCAUUGGGUUCGCGAAGGCGAGAACAUCGAGUCUGGUGGCCACUACAAUGUGGAUGUUAAGGAGCGUCACGCUGUCUUGACCAUCAGAGAUGGCUCGCGCUUGGAUUCGGGACCAUAUAAGAUUACGGCCGAGAACGAACUUGGCUCUGACACGGCAAUCAUCCAUGUGCAAAUCAGCGAUCGCCCGGAUCCGCCACGCUUCCCAUUAGUAGAAAGCAUUGGCACCGACUCACUUUCCUUAAGCUGGAAGGCUCCCGUUUGGGAUGGUGGCAGUGACAUUACCAACUACCUUGUCGAGCGCCGAGAGCAUCCUCUCUCCUCUUGGAUUCGUGUUGGCAAUACUCGUUUCACUUCGAUGGCCGUCUCCGGCCUGACGCCUGGAAAGGAGUAUGACUUCCGAAUCUUUGCCGACAAUGUUUACGGUCGUUCUGACUCAUCAGAAGUUAGCACAUUAAUUAAGACAAAGGAAUCGAUCAAAAAGAAGCCAGCCGAACGCAAAUAUGAAGUCGAUGCGAAUGGCAAGAAAAUCCGUGGAAAGGCCGAUGGGCCCAUCAAGGAUUACGAUUCAUAUGUUUUCGAUAUCUAUUCGAAAUUCGUGCCUCAGCCAGUCGAAAUUUCGCAACAAAGUGUUUAUGACAGAUAUGACAUUUUGGAGGAGAUCGGAACAGGUGCUUUCGGUGUAGUCCACCGAUGCCGCGAGCGCAGCACCGGUAACAUUUUCGCCGCCAAGUUUAUUCCCGUCUCGCAUGCCGUUGAGAAAGAUUUGAUUCGUCGCGAGAUCGAUAUCAUGAAUCAAUUGCACCAUCAGAAGCUAAUCAAUCUGCACGAUGCAUUUGAAGACGAUGACGAAAUGGUUCUUAUUCUGGAAUUCCUGUCUGGCGGAGAGCUAUUUGAGCGCAUUACCGCCGAGAAAUAUGUGAUGACCGAGGCAGAAGUCAUCAACUACAUGAGACAGAUCUGCGAAGGCAUCAGGCAUAUGCAUGAGAAGAACAUCAUUCAUCUGGAUAUCAAGCCAGAGAAUAUCAUGUGCCAAACUCGCUCUAGCACGAGUGUGAAGCUAAUUGACUUUGGCUUAGCCACUCGUUUGGAUCCCAAUGAAGUCGUAAAGAUCACUACUGGUACUGCCGAGUUUGCGGCCCCCGAAAUUGUCAAUAGAGAACCAGUUGGUUUCUAUACUGACAUGUGGGCCACUGGCGUGCUGGCCUAUGUUUUACUAAGCGGGCUAUCGCCAUUCGCCGGUGACAAUGAUGUACAGACUCUGAAGAAUGUCAAGGCAUGUGACUGGGACUUUGAUUUGGAAGCAUUCAGACACAUAUCGGAGGAGGGUAAGGACUUUAUUCGCAAGCUUCUUUUGGCGAACAAGGAAAAGCGAAUGACUGCACACGAGUGUCUGCUUCAUCCCUGGUUAACUGGAGAUCACAGCGGCCUGACCCAAAAGAUUGCUCGUGAUCGCUAUCUUGCUUAUCGUGACAAGCUUCGCAAGAAGUACGAGGACUUCGAGAAAUAUCUCCUUCCCAUUGGUCGGUUGUCGGAGUAUUCGUCGCUGCGUAAGCUACUGAUGGAGAAAUACAAAAUCCACGACGCGGUCUUUGAUCGUCGCCAAGCAGCACCCCGCUUCGUCAUCCGGCCAUCAUCGCAGUUCUGCUAUGAGGGCCAGAGCGUGAAAUUCUACUGCAGGUGCAUAGCAAUUGCCACGCCCACACUCACUUGGUCACACAACAAUAUAGAGUUGCGACAAAGUGUCAAGUUCAUGAAACGCUACACCGGCGACGACUACUACUUUAUCAUUAAUCGAGUGAAGCUAGAUGACCGUGGCGAGUACAUAAUUCGUGCUGAGAACCACUAUGGAUCUAGAGAGGAGGUCGUGUUUCUCAAUGUCCAUCCGUUGCCCAAGGAGCAGCCCAGAUACCGCACCGAGUCGACGCCAGUGCGCAGGCGCGAGCCUCUACCCUACACCUUCUGGCAGGAAGAGUCCGAGUCGGCACCUAGUUUUACAUUCCUUUUGCGUCCACGUGUGAUGCAGGCUCGCGACACAUGCAAACUUCUGUGUUGCCUCAGUGGCAAGCCUGUGCCCACUGUCAAGUGGUACAAGGACGGACGCGAGCUUAGCAAGUACGAGUAUGCCAUGACCCACUCAGAUGGUGUUGUGACAAUGGAAAUUAUUGACUGCAAACCAUCGGACUCUGGCAAGUACACUUGCAAGGCAACCAAUUGCCAUGGAACAGAUGAAACCGAGUGUGUCGUCAUUGUUGAAGGAGAAUGGGUUACGCCUGAACAGGCAGAACUUGCGCACAACUUCCUUUACUCAGGAGAUCGGAAAUAUAUUGAGCAACCCAUAAAACCAGCUCCACCGCCGGUUAUAACAACCCGCCAGUUCACAUCAUCUUCAACCAACAAAUCCGAAACAAAGGAUGGCAAUACCAUAAUCACAUCAAGCUCAAGUUCCUCAACUACACAGAAUAGCAUUUCAGGCAAGAAGAAAUAUGCGGCCAAUAGCUUACAGACACCUGGAAGCCCAUCAAGAUCUCGUAGUGCCACAAAAGAGCUAAUCCUUCCCCCAGAUGAUUCCUUAAUGUGCAAGCCGGAAUUCACGAAGCCGCUUCACGAUCAGAGCAUUCGGGACGGUGAGCAGCUAGUCUUAAGCUGCCACGUUAAGGGCGAUCCAGAGCCACAAAUUACUUGGUCGAAGAAUGGAAAGUCCAUUGCCUCCUCUGAUAUCAUGGACCUUAAAUACAAGAAUGGCGUUGCCACUCUCACCAUCAAUGAGGUGUUCCCUGAAGACGAGGGCGUCUUCACAUGCACGGCAACGAACUCUAUUAGCGCGGUCGAGACCAAGUGCAAAUUAACUGUGAAACCCUUAGAUAAGAAUGCCAGCAAGCGUCAUGUUGUUGCCAGCGACAAGCCCCCGAAAAUAGUCAGCCAUCUGGAGUCGCGCUUCGUAAAAGAUGGAGAUGCGGUUACUUUGGCUUGCCGUAUCAUUGGCCCAGAACAUUUUGAUGUGGUCUGGCUGCAUAACAACAAAGAAAUCAAACCCAGCAAGGACUUCCAAUACACAAACGAGGCAAACAUUUACCGCCUGCAAAUAGCCGAGAUCUUCCCUGAAGACGGCGGUACCUAUACCUGUGAGGCCUUCAACGAUGCCGGUGAAUCCUUCAGUAGCUGCACAAUUAAUGUCACCGUUCCUGGAGAUGAGCCCAAGCAACCGGCAUUUACACAGUUCCCCAUUUCCGUUUCGGUUGUCGAGGGCGAGAGCGCCACAUUCGAGUGCGCCUUGGAUGCGGAACUCUUGAACCUUGCAUGGCUGAAGGAUGGCAAGCCCAUUGACGAGACGCGCGCUCGCUACUCAUUCACCAAGGACGGCAAUCACUAUACUUUCAACAUGGCCAAGUGUAACAUGGACGACGUUGGACAGUAUCAGGCCAAGGCUGUGGCCAAGAAGGGCGAAAGCUUGUGUGCGUUCUCCGUGAAUGUGCACACUGCUGAUGCUUAAUCUAUCAACGACUGUAUGAAACUUACCUACUAGAUAAUUAACGAACUAACUAGACUGCUCAUAGCCCAUUCGCAUACCUGCCCGAGUUGCAUACUCAUUCAUAGUUUUGAUAUUUUUACGUUUUUAUUAUGUAUAAACUCACUUACAAAACAUUGACAACAAGAGAAGAGCAAUCCAAAUUCAGGUGUGCCGCUUAUGUGACUACUGCUAGCAUCCUCAACCAACACCAACAACAAAUACGAUAAUCACAUAAGCAGUUUCACCUGGUUUGCAUGUUGCCGUAAACGAAAAGAAAACGUGUGCCCGGCGAUUGACAAAACAAAAAAUAAUAGUUAAAAAUAAAAACAUACAAAUAUAAUAUGCAUAAACAGGAAAAAAUAUAAUUAUGAAAUUGGAAAAUAAAAAAUGAAAUAAUAUGCAA